AUGUUUGCUAUAUUUUUCUUUGCAGUUUUUGUGCUUUUGGCGAACGAAGGCAAAGCACUAAAAGCAGAAGGUAUUUGUUGCGAGGAAAUAGAAUCUUUGUUGAAGAACAAAACAACUGCAUACCAAACUGUAUGUUUGGGACAAGAGAGUAGAUUGUCGAGGAACUGUUGCAGAAAUAUCGAAAUUGAAAUCGAGAAACAUCUCUAUGCCUACAAGACGUUGUGUCCAACAGUUGCAAAACCUUCGACAACACCAACAACAACACCGUCAACAACUGCAGCAAUAACUACUUCACCUUCAACAGGUAUGCUUGUUUUUCAUGGGUUUUUUUCCACUUUGCUUAAAAAAUCAUGGAUGAAUUCAUACCCUUCGCCUCACACUGAUAAAGAGUUAUUCAAUGUCGUUUACACAGGGUGUGGUUGCCCAAUUCACAGCCAGGAUGAUUUUCAUUCCUGAAAACUCUUAACCUUCGUUUCUGUUGAGCGUGAUACAUAAAAUUAAGGUGAUUAAAUUUAAUAACCUAAUGAUUCAUUGAACGUUCCAUUUCCCUUAUCUAGAACCUCCUGUCAUUCGAUGUAAAACUCCUUUGGGAAUUGAAAAUGGAAAUAUAUCUGAUGUAGCUAUGACGUCAUCAACCAUCCUAGACGCCAGUUCUUUGCCACAUUUUGCUCGUCUGAGAAAUCAACUUGGUGGCUGCGCAUGGAUUCCAGCGAAGAAUGCUGACCGUAACUCAUUCUGGCUUCAGGUUGACUUGGGAAGUCUGACAAAUGUGUCAGCGGUCGCUACCCAGGGCAGUUGUUCAAGUGACCAAUGGACAAAGUCAUACGUCAUCAUGUAUAGCAAAAAUGACGUGGACUGGAAAUAUUACGGAGAACUGGGUACCAUCAGGGUCAGUAUUUAUAAAAUUCUUGCCAAAAUAAAAUGCACACACUAAUGGUUUCAUAAUUAAUUUUGUUAGGUGUUCAUUGGUAACAACGACAGCAGCAGUGUUGUAACAAAUUAUUUCAAGUCUCCAUUUGAGGCAAGAUUCGUCAGAAUUUCUUCCAGAAGUUGGCACAAGGACGCGGCCUUGCGAGUUGAGUUGUUUACUGACAGCUGCACUCCUUCUGUAAGUUAAUAAUUAAGUCUUACAACAUUUAAAUGUUGGUGUCACAGACGUUUGCUAAUGUUCGUUUCAUCUCUGCAAUCAGGGUUCUUUAUUCCUGCUGUGUGACUCUAUCAAACACCACACGCAUUUUUGCUGUUUCCCCCUGUUGAUUGCUUCACUGGACAAAUAAAAUAAGAUGGUCAUUGCUGGAUCUUGACGGAGAACAGUCCAGAACUUAUGAAUAACUUGAAUUCCAGUUAAACUUGUAUAGUAAUAUUGGACCGACGAAGAUGCUCUGCUGUAGAGAGAACAGUUUAGAACCAAGAGCCCUGUUUAGAACUGAUAGAGCUAUCCAGUUUAAACAAAGUUGAGAUAGAGCUAUCCAGAUAGAGCUAUCCAGUUUAAACAAAGUUGAGAUAGAGCUGUCUACAUAGAGCUAUCCAGUUUAAACAAAGUUGAGAUAGAGCUAUCCAGAUAGAGCUAUCCAGUUUAAACAAAGUUGAGAGAACUCUUUAUUUCUUCCUUCUAGCCAGUUUCUAACCCACAAGCACCACGAAGUUGUUUAGAUCAUCUGAAAAACGGUUUAAAAACCAACGGCUAUUACAACAUUUAUGACGCCAGCUCAAACCUUAUCACCGUUUACUGUGAUAUGACGUCAGAGUCUGGAAAAGCCUGGACACUAGUCAUGUCUUGGGCCACAAGCUACAAAGACAUGGUCGAAUUUCAAUCAACAUUAUUAUCUGCAGAUUCCUCUGUAAGUGAAAGUUUACCAAACUGGAACAGAUAUCGAAUGAGUUCGACCAUGAUGAAUGACCUUAGUACCCAGUCCACUCACUGGCGCGCGACCUGCAGUUUUCCAACCCAUGGCGUUGAUUAUGUUGAUUACGUCAGAGGAAAAUUUGUAGAUUUUGACAUCAUAAAUUUUGUAGGAACUGUUGAUUGCAAGAGAGUAGAAUACGUGAAUAUUCGUGGCCAUCAGUGUAGUGAUUGCAGUUUGGCGUGGUGGCAAACGUCUGACGGAUACGGUCUUCACACUGAUAGUUCUACUAGCCUCUGUGGUUAUAAUCCAUCGCAAGGGGCAGGUACUUGGGAAGAUAAUUUUGGUUACUAUCGCAAUAUAAAUUCAAAUUUCCGCUGUACUGCCGACGCAAGUGCGACAACAAACUGGUGGUUUGGUGGAAAUGUUGCAUAACAUUACCAGAUAAAAAAACAACUCUCAAAUCAUCGAACACAUUGCAGGAUUUGCAGCUUUUGACUGUUCUUUUUAUAUUUGUUAAAGUUACAGUUCCUGAUCACAAAUUUAAUUGACUUUCAUAAAAAUACGUAAACCUAAAACGGUAUUCUGAACUGCAUUCUGUUAAACUUAAAGUUGAAUAAAGUUAAAAUUCCUGCUUCUAUUUUUAAAAUUUUAUGCUAAGCAUAUCUUGUUUAGUUCAUAUGCUCUAGUUUGAUAAACGAAUUAAUGUUGUUUAAUUCCUUUCAUUUCAUUUCAAGUACAGUUCAUAUUUUUGCUUUCGGUUUUUCACAUUUGCACUGUGAACCUUAUCCUAGCGAGGUAAGUGAUGAUACUAUGGUGUGACUCACUCAGUCUGAUUUCAAAAUCUCGCUCUUUUCACUCCAAGGAGUUCGCCAUAAUUUUGAGAUCAGUGGUGAGAGAUAUAGUCAACGCUUCUUGACUUUCCAUCACGAAAUGUUUCCUUCACCCAGGUAUAAAUAGCCGAGCGGCAUUAGUACCCUCGUCCAAAUCACUCAAGGAUAUAAAUGUGUUGCAGUCAUUGCACAUUUUUAAUCAGAAUUUAAGAAAUCACAGACCGUUUUGCAUUCCCUAUCAACCCCCCACCCCGGAUCAGGGAGUUUCCUGUUUAGUUGUUAGCUGUUUCCUAGGUUUUAAUUAUAUAUUCAAUUUGAUAUCUGAUUCUAAUUUCAUUUGUUUCCACUUCAGAAAUUCCAUUGCGUUCAAACAUAUUGUUUGUCUUGCGCCUGAAGUCUCAGAAAAUCAUUAAUUUAAAUUAAACCUCCCCAUUAAUAAAUUUGAAAGGCAACGUUCAGCGAGAAAGGCUGCCUUCCAGUUAAACCCAUUUUCCACUAGGCGAAUUUGUUCGCGCGAACAGUAAAAAAGUAGGAACUGAUCCAACAGUGCAGUGCGUUCGAUCGUUUUACAGAAGAUGAAAUCUCAGAAAUUUAUUCAUUUUAUUCACCUUGCAAAACAUUGAUAAAUUGUAUAGAAUGGUUAAAUCUCAGUGAGAAGGCUUGUAUAAGCACAUCGAAUGCGUUUUUUUUCUGUUAUUUCAAACAAACAACCAGAAAUCGUUAUUUUACGCAUCUUAAAAAACGUUUGUUUUAAAUCAUGACAAAUUAAGCCUUGUUUCUCUAGAAUCUAGAUGCUGGUUCCCUAUAAAUAAUUUGAACAAGCUGGUUUUUGAACAAUGUUCGAGAAGCUAGUAUUAUAUUUACCGAAUAUCGUACUAUUUUAUAUCAAAACACCAACAAACAAAACAAAAAACCUAAAAUAUAAACUAAACGAGUAAAAUCUCUCUUCGUAUUCCUUCGACUCCCAGAAGUUUAUAAUUUGACACACAUUCCAUUUCUUUGUUCCCCAUGAUUGGGUUAACAAGAAUGUUAUGAUCAUGCAUAAAAUUAAUGAACAUCUCCUUGCACUUCCCUGGGUUAAGUUUCAUAUUAUGACUACUAGCAAAUCCAUGUUUGUCCAUUACCAUAUAGUUAAGUAAGCUGAUGGAAUUUCUUGAUAAGAUCUCUAAGGCCGAGGUAUCGUCAACAAACUUGAUUCUUAAAGGCCAAUCUGCGAUUAGUCCGUUUGUCGUUACUGCAAAUAAAAUGACUCCUGCUUCGUUCCUUGUGUAAUUCCUCCCUUCACUUUUCUCCAUUCAGACAUGGUAUCUUCAAUUUUUACAGCCUCUUGUCGAUUAGUUAAAAAUGCCGCCAUCCAUCUGAUAAACACAGGGGAAAUUGAGAAAACGAGGUCCGGAAAUAUUAAUUACGAGGUUUAAAUACAUCACGUGGCGACUCUUUUGCGUGUGGCGAGCAAAAAAGUGGAGGUGUCACGGUACUAUACUAUACUUCUUUACAGCUAGUCAAGACUGAUGUUCAAGAAUGUUUUCGCUUACUUUCUUUGCAGUUUUUGUGCUUUUUGCGAACAAAGGCAAAACACUAAACGCAGAAGGUAUUUGUUGCGAGGAAAUAGAAUAUUUGUUGAAGAACAAAACAACUGCAUACCAAACUGUGUGUUUGGGACGAGAGAGUAGAUUGUCGAGGAACUGUUGUAGAAAUAUCAAAAUUGAAAUCGAGAAAUAUCGUUAUGCCUACAAGACGUUGUGUCCAACAAUUGCAAAACUUGUGACAACACCAACAACACCACCGUCAACAACAACGGCAACAACACCGUCAACAACAGCGGCAACAACAACAGCAACAACAGCGGCAACAACAACAGCAGUAACUAGUUCACCCUCAACAGGUAUGUUUGUCUUUAACGGGUUUUUACCCUUUGUUUAAACAAUUCAUGCGCCCUUCGCCUCACACUGAUAAUAAUAAAGUGUUAUUGCUACUGCUCCAGGGGAGCUUGAGUCUAGGUUUCGUCGUGUUGAAAAUUUGUAGGUGGCGUUUUGGACUUCGUUGACCAAGUAAUGCAUUGCGCACUUCUGAUCGUGAUUUGCGCACGAUGCAAAAUAUAUAUGCACAGAAUACACUACCACACUGCAACAUUGCUUGGUGCAGUGUAAUAUUAAAUUCUUAUGCUCGUCAAGACUGUCAAGUGAUAACAGCAUCGAACAAUACAAAUAGAGAGGUCCCUUUUCCCCCUGAUGUUUUAAAAUUGUUACAAUACGCCUAAUACUAUACAGUAGUGCGAAUAUUAAUCAGUUUCUCAUUUUCAUUAGCUUCGGUACAUGAAAAGUUACAUCUUUCAAUGGACGUAAACAGAAUAUCGAUGUCUCAAAAAAUAUCUACUAAAUACUGUACCAACUGUCAAUGUCCAAUCUAUACAAUUAUAUAUUGCACGUUUAUUCUAUCUGAUCGCCGCGUUGCAUGUAGUAUCCUCCCAGGGUAACCAUAUAGCCUUAAUUAGCUCCAGGCUUCCCACAACAAGCGUAAUUGUCAUGUGUCCCUUUGUGUCCCUCAAGUAAUGCUAACCCUUGAAGCACGAGUGUACGCCUGAACUGGCGUCUUAUUCAAUGUCGUUUACACAGAGUGUGGUAACCGCUACAGAAAAACAGAACAAAUUACGGUAAAACACAACAGAAUACAAUAACGGAAGUGAAACACUCUUUGUAUUUUGACUGUAAUAACCUGUUGAUUCAAUGAACAUUCUAUUUCCCUUAUCUAGAACCUCCUGUCAUUCGAUGUAAAACUCCUUUGGGAAUUGAAAAUGGAAAUAUAUCCGAUGUAGCUAUGACGUCAUCAACCAUCCUAGACGCCAGUUCUUUGCCACAUUUUGGUCGUCUGAGAAAUCAACUUGGUGGCUGCGCAUGGAUUCCAGCGAAGAAUGCUGACCGUAACUCAUUCUGGCUUCAGGUUGACUUGGGAAGUCUGACAAAUGUGUCAGCGGUCGCUACCCAAGGCAGUUGUUCAGGUGACCAAUGGACAAAGUCAUACGUCAUCAUGUAUAGCAAAAAUGACGUGGAAUGGAAAUAUUAUGGAGAACUGGGUAACAUUAGGGUCAGUAUUUAUAAAAUUCUUGCCAAAAUAAAAUGCACACACUAAUGGUUUACAAUUAAUUUUGUUAGGUAUUCAUUGGUAACACCGACAGCAGCAGUGUUGUAACAAAUUAUUUCAAGUCUCCAUUUGAGGCGAGAUUCGUCAGAAUUUCUCCCAGAAGUUGGCACAAGGACGCGGCCUUGCGAAUUGAGUUGUUUACUGACAGCUGCACUCUUUCUGUAAGUUAGUAAUUAAAUCUUACAACAUUUAAAUGUUGGUGUCACAGACGAUUGUCUAUGUUCGUUUCAUCUCUACAAUCGGGGUUUUUUUAUCCCUACUGUUUGACUCUAUCAAACAGCCAUGUAUUUUUGCUGUUUCCUCCUGCUGAUUGCGUCAUUCGACCAAUAAAAUAAAAUAGUCGUUACUGGAUCUUGAAGGAGAACAGUCCAGAACUUAUGAAUAACUUGAAUUCCAGUUAAUAUAUCCUCCUGUGUAGUAAUAUUGGACCGACGAAGAUUCUCUACUGUAGAGAGAACAGUUUAGAACCAGCGCCCUGUUUAGAACUGAUAAAGCUAUCCAGAUAGAGCUAUCCAGUUUAAACAAAGUUGAGAUAGAGCUAUUCAGAUAGAGCUAUCCAGUUUAAACAAAGUUGAGAGAACUCUUUAUUCCUUCCUUCUAGCCAGUUGCUAAACAACAAGCACCACGAAGUUGUUUAGAUCAUCUGAAAAUCGGUCUAAAAACCAAUGGCUAUUACAACAUUUAUGACGCCAGCUCAAACCUCAUCACCGUUUACUGUGAUAUGACGUCAGAGUCUGGAAAAGCCUGGACACUAGUCAUGUCUUGGGCCACAAGCUACAAAGACAUGGUCGAAUUUCAAUCAACAUUAUUAUCUGCAGAUUCCCCAGCCCUGUAG